AUGUCGACGUAUCAGCAAACCCCGAAUGUGAUCAUCGUGGGCGCGGGACCCUCUGGCAUUGCCAUGGCCCACACGCUGAAGUAUAAGCUGGGAUGCGACGAUUUCCUUGUCUACGAGAAGCUACCGGGUGUUGGAGGAACGUGGCUGACCAACACGUACCCUGGCUGUGGCUGCGACGUGCCGACCCACCUGUACUCGUUCAGCUUCAACCUGAAUCCCGACUGGUCGAAAGAGCUGUGUGAUCAACCAGAAAUCCUCGAUUAUAUGAAUUCAACCGUCGACAAAUUCGACCUGAGGAAACACAUGCAUUUCAAAGUGGAAUGUACCGGCGCUUCUUGGAACAAGAGCGCUGGAUAUUGGGAAGUCCGAUUCCGCGACCUUACUAGCGGCAAGGAGUACACGCGACAUGCCGCCAUCUUCAUAUCUGCCGUUGGGGGCAUCUCUCUCCCGCGAGACGUCAAGUUUCCAGGCAUGGACAAGUUCAAAGGCGCCAUGUUCCAUACGGCAAAAUGGGAUCACAGCUAUGAUUACACUGGCAAGCGUGUUGCGGUCAUCGGCAACGGCUGCAGCGCAGCACAAGUCGUCCCUGCUAUUGCCGGAAGGGCAGGCUACGUCAAGCAGUACGCAAGGAGCGCUCAGUGGUAUCACGAACGGCCAAACCGCGCAUUCACGGGCUUCGAGAAAUGGUGCUUCAAGUACAUUCCUCUUUGGCAGCGGUAUCUUCGCCUCCAGCUCUUCCUCGAGAAUGACAACCUGGUCACGACCUACAUGCCAGGAGAUGACGCAGCCGUCAAGAGAGAGAAGGUGGAAAGCAACGCAAAGCGAUACAUAUAUUCUCGGACUCCUGACAAAUACCAUGAGUUUAUUGUCCCUGACUUUCCUCUUGGCUGCAAACGUCGUAUCUUCGACCCAGACUACUUGCAAUCGCUGCACCGCCCAACCGUCGACCUUGUGCCAUUGGGAAUCCAAGAAUUCGACGAGACUGGUAUCAUCAGCGAGGAUGGAGUGAAGACCGACUUCGACCUCAUCGUGCUGGCCACUGGCUUCCAGGUCGCACAGUUCCUAGCACCAAUGGAGGUCGUUGGAGCAAGCGGAAAGCGCCUCCACGACCAGUGGGAUGACGGCCGCGGAGCUCAGGCCUACAUGGGCACUUUCGUCCAUAAUUUCCCCAAUUUUGGUAUCCUCUUUGGGCCGAACACGUUUCCGGCCCACAACUCUGCCUUGUUCUCAUGCGAAGUCCAGAUCGAAUAUGUUGCAAAGACACUCCUUGCCCCAGUACUUGACGGACGCGCCAAGAUUGUCGAGGUCAAGUUGUCCUCUGAGGACCAAUGGGUCAAUUCGAUCCAGAACGAGCUGAAGGGUUCUGUUUUCUCCGCUGGAUGCACGAAUUGGUACCUCAACAAAUUCGGACGCAACGUAGCUUCGUGGCCUGGUUAUGCAUCAACGUUCUGGAUGCAGUCAUACUUCCCCAACUUCAAGGACUUCUGUUUGGUCGACGGAUCCCCUCUUUGGCCGCUUAAAACACUGAGACGAUGGCUCAGACUGCACAAGGGCGUGUAUCUCAUUGCCGCGGCCUAUAUUGCGGUUGUUGGGUGGUCGAGGUUCUUUCCCGCCCAGUGGGUGGCCGCACGCCAGGCUGUGUCACGAAUACUGGAGAUGGUUUCGAGGUCAAUUUUCCGGCGUCAAUAG